AUGUACAAACACAACGAAACUUGGCUAAAAGACAGGGGGUGCACUUUUUGCACGUGCCUGAACGGCGAACCGAAGUGCAUCAGUCACUACUGCGACUUUAAAGAGCGGAAAAUCGAUGAAAAUAUAUCGAUACCGAUACCAUGCCUUUUCGAUGGAAAAAGUUACGCCCAUGGAGAGAACGUCAGUUUGGUUGAGCAGUGUAAAUUGUGCACGUGCGAUAACGGAACAAUGUCUUGUUUGGACCAAUCGUGCCCCGACAAAGAAGUAUCGAUACUGGGCGAGUGCCAGCCCUUGUUCGAUUGCAACAAGCGCUGCUCCAACGGGUUCCGGAUCAACAAAAAAGGGUGCGAAAUUUGCAAAUGCAACCCUUCUAAUAGCAAUUCGCUGUUGAGCAAGUACAACAUCACUUACUCCGAGUUGCUCGAUUUGUUAAACGAUUACAAGCGGAAUAAAAGUGAGCCCAUUACUACUAGUACUAGUACUAGUACGCCCAUUCCUACUCUCAUUAUAGUGAGGAGUUUUGGGAAUAGGGAGGAGGAAAAAACAGAGAAAUCUAAUGACAGCAACAAGAGAAAUGAGGAAGACGACAAAUCCUGUUGGAUAAUCAUCUCGGCCCUGGCCGUACUCAUAGUAGGUAUAGUGGCCGGUAUUGCAGGGUACUGCACGUACCGCAACCGGCGACAGUACAGCAUUACUCCGUCCAGAGGGAGCUACCAUUCAGUGACGGCGGAUAACAACAAUACGAUCAAAAAACGAUUCGACGAAUAG